AUGCUGUUUUACAAAGAAAAAUCUAGAAAUGUUUCUAGAUGUGCAAAGCUGGUGUAAACGUCACAGUAUAUUCAACUACAGCAAAGCCUAGCUUUACAAAGUAUUGACUCAGCACACCUUUUUUUCUUGUUUAAAUUUCUUUCCACUUUCUUUGUCAGUCGUACAAAGUGACUCAGCAGUUUGGGCAUGACAUCACCUCUUUUCCGGUUUAGAUAAAUGACUGCCAUUGUAUGUGUUUCAGCAAAGGCGACUAUCACGUAUGCAAAUGUUAAGAGGGAUGUGUGUUAGAUGCAGACUCAAAAUAUGUGUAAAUUACACUUUUGUCUGUUUUCCUCCCUUUUCCUUCGAACUUAGGCAAAAGAUUUCUAGGUAUCAUCGAUUUACGUACAAAAUUGUUUCUAAAACCGCAUUCUAGCUUGGCUGUACAGAGGGGACUUUUGUUUGUGUGUCAAUGUGGAAGUUUUUCUUUGCAGGUAUGGAUGCAUGUUCUUCAGAACAUAACAGCCAACAUAUUUGCAUCAAAAGUGGAGAUUCUUAUGUUUGCAUGUGUCGCAAAGGAUAUUUGUUGAAUAUAGACAACAAAACAUGCUCGCGUUCUGAUCCUUGUGCCCUUGGACACAAUUGCCAUCAUAUUUGUGAAAAUAGUGAUGCAUCAUAUGUCUGCAAGUGUCGGGCGGGAUACGUGUUAAAUACAGACCAGAAAACGUGCUCACGUUCUGAUCCAUGUUCUCAUGGACAUGAUUGUCAGCACAUCUGUGUAAACAGUGACGCUUCAUACAUGUGCAGAUGUGAAGUAGGAUAUGUGCUGAAUCCAGAUAAAAAAACAUGCUCACGUUCAGGUACAUGUGCAGGAGAACAUGGCUGCCAACACAUUUGUGUCAAAGCCGAUGACUCGUUUGUAUGUAAAUGUAAAACAGGAUAUGUUUUGAAUCCCGACGGGAAAACGUGCAUACGCUCAGACGCAUGUUCUCAGGGACAUGACUGCCAGCAUAUAUGUGUCAACAGUGGAAGCUCAUAUGUCUGCAAGUGUCGGCUGGGAUAUUCGCUCAACGUGGACAGAAAGACAUGCUCACGUUUGGAUGCAUGUAUUCAGGGACACGACUGCCAGCAUAUCUGCAUCAACAAUGGUGUUUCUUACAACUGCAAGUGUCGAGUAGGAUACAUACUAAAUUCAGACCAGAAAACAUGUUCACAGGAAAUGAGGAGUGAAAUUUCAGAAGAUGCCUGCAUGUGCGAAGCUCAAAUUGUAUUCCAGAAAAAAGUGCAGUCAGCCAUUCAGGAGCUUACCAGGAAAAUUUCUGAACUUUCAGACAAAGUAAACGACAUUGAAGGCACAUUCCAACAUUGAGAACAAAGAGGAGCUAGAGGAAAAAUCUCAGCACUUUUAUUCCACUGUUACAGAAUAUCAUGUUCCGUAAAAAUUUAAAUUUCCUAAUGUCUGAAAAUCUGCAGUGUGUUUUUAAUGUUACAACAAAUUGCUCUGGUGCUGUGUUUUUGAUAAACUUACAUUGAUGACAACUCUGGUGUAAUUGCCCACAUUUAAAAAAAGACAACUCAACAGGACUGUGUUUAUGUCUUCUUGUAUAAACCAAUUAAACGUUAUAUAAUUUGCUUUGAUUCCUUAAAACAGGUCAAGUUUUUUUUUUUUUUUGAUUUAGCAAACAAAAAAAUUGUUGAACUCCCUGGUGAAAUAGUUUAGGGAGUUUAAAUGUGACUCAGACUUGGCCCAGUUUUCUUGGCAACAAUGCUUUUAAUUAGAGAUUAUGUUAAGCUAAAGGUUUUUGAGAAUGUAUUUUCUAUAAACAGUUAUUUUAUUUUAUUUUCUGUCUUUGUGUGUCUACAUUUGAAUAAUGCAUUUUGGUGCUUUUUGAAAUAGAAAACAGUUAUUUGCAUGUUUUCUAAUGGGAACGGCUGCAUAAAUGAAUACAUUUUAUGAAUCAAUGUUUUCCACACAGCUGUCUUGACUCUUUUAAAAGCAAAGUCUUUAUAUUACUGCUGAUACUUAUUGCUACUUUCCUAUCUGAUCAAAAGUGAUGACAUCAUUAACAAAGUUAGGAUAUUUUCAUGAAUACAUGUUUUAUGUGACAGGUGUAUUGUUAUUUGAGAGCCACAUUGCUUCAAAUAAGCAAUAUUGUGCUGAUUCAAACUAUAAAUUACAUUGCAUUUUACUGGGAUUUUGUUUAUUAGCCCAACACAAAACAGUGAAAUGGAAAGAUGGUAAUACAUGGCUUUUAUUGUCUUACAGCUGGCAAGCUGAAAAGUGUAAAAUGCACUGUGACCCUUUCCUCUGAUAACCUAAAAUAAAAUCAGGUGCAAUCAA